AUGGGCGACACGGCGAACGCACCAAGCAAGGAGCCCAAGAAGAAGGACCCGAAAGCAAAAGACCCCGGAGCCAAGGCAGCAAAGCCGGAAAAGGCAGCGGAGAAAAAGGAUGACAAGAAAGCCAUAGAGAAGAAGGACGGCAAGGACGGCAAAGCCAAGGCUGAGGAGAAGCCGAAGGCCAAGCCUGACGAGAAGUCCAAGGCCAAGGCUGACAGCAAGCCGAAGCCAAAGGUAGACGACAAGUCGAAGCCCAAGGCGGACGACAAGUCCAAGCCCAAGGCGGACGACAAGUCCAAGGCCAAGGCGGACAACAAGUCCAAGGUCAAGCCUGACGAGAAGCCGAAGGUCAAGACUGACGACAAGUCAAAGGCUAAGGCUGAGGACAAAUCAAAGACUAAGGCUGACGAAAAGCCAAAGGCCAAAGACAGCAAGGCCAAGAAGGCUCCUGCUGCAGCGGCUGCGGCAGAAGCCAAUGAACGAAAGGCAGCAGCAGCGACGGCCGCAGCCACUGCAGCUGGCAAGAAGCGCAAGAAGGAGGAAGUUGCGGAGAGCCCGCCCGAGGAGGAAGAGGACGACGACACGCGAAAACUGCAAGAGGGCGUCGUAGAGGUGGAGGAGCCCGGCGAGGCAAAGGCGAAGCCAAAAGGGGCCUGCGCUGCGGAGGCUUUAGACGUGGACAGUGAGGAUCACGGUCGGCCCCAGAAAGCAGCCAAGCUCAACAACUCCAAGCCGGGUCAGGUGGACCGGAGCCAGAGCCAUGAUCCAGGCGAUGAGGAUCCCGAGCCUGAGAAGGUGAAGGAUGGUAAGGAAAAGCAGAAGGACAAAGGAAAGGAGAAGACCAAAGUCAAAGGAAAGGACAAAGAGAGGGGGCGAGGGAAGAAAAAGGACAAGUCGAGCUACAGCUAUGACGAGGAUUCUCAGAGCUCCGACGCCUCGGCGGCGCGGCGAAAGAAGCGCCGUGCGAACGCCGGGCUGCGGGCAGCCACCGGCUUUGGUCUUGCUCCGCCGCCCGCGGCCGAGGCUCCCGCAUCGGGCUUUGGCUCAGCACCGGGUCCUUCCAUGGCUGUUCUUCCGGCACCCGUGGCCGGCCUCCUCACCAGCGACGUUGCAACUGACUUGCAGCGCAUGCGCCUGGCUGUCGAGGCUGCAACAGGCAAGACGAUGGAGCCCAGGCUGAAGCUCGACCAGAGAGAGGAGGAGCAGGAGCAAAAACUCAGCAUGGCGGAAGAUCUGAAGGAAGCUUUGCUGGACCCUGCGAACCAGAAGCAGCUGUUGACAAGAACAAGCCUUCUGUCGGUGACGCAAGCUGAGGAUGGGCGGAUCGUUCUUCGUGCGCCGUCGAAGCAGUCGAUGAAGGAUGCCAUGUCAGUGCUGGCUCGAGUGGCACAUCACUGCACAUGGGGCUGCAACUCCACCAAGGUAGGACUACUCUUGCGAGAAAAGCCGGAGAAAAUGAUCCACACCGUCGUUAUCCGCCUAGCUGCAACUUCCAGCCGGAUGCAGACGCAGGAGGGCCGUGUGAAUCUCCACAACGACAAGCUCCGGAUUGGCACGGACUCGCACCAGUGUCAGGUCGUUGUCGAGUCGAUCCAGGGGGUGAGCCGCAAGCAUGCGACCAUCACUUUCGAGCACGACAAGGGUGCCUGUGACCUGGCAGAAAGUUGUGCUGAAAGCUUCAGGAAGAGCCCCGCAGAGUCCUAUUUGAGGGCCUCUCUUGCCAUGGGCUGCUGCGGCUCCAAGAAGAAAGGGCCCGGGGCGACCCUGCCAGUCGUGGUGGAGCCCAUCACGGAAGUCUAUGAUCUGUCACCGCACCCAGAGCCCGCGCCGCCCAGGCCUCGUGCGCCGGAGUUCAGGAUAGGCCUGGGGGCUCUUUUUCCAGACUUCGAAUGCCGAACCACGAAGGGUGACUUCAGCUUCCAUGCGUUCCUUGAAAAGCACGGCCCCCACGGCUUCACCAUGCUUUUCUCGCAUCCCAAGGACUUCACUCCGGUUUGCACCACGGAGCUGGGCAUGUGCCAGGUGCUGUCGAAGGACUUCCAGCGCCGUGGGGUGCAACUGAUAGGCCUGAGCAGCGAUUCCGUGGAUCAGCACAUGAAGUGGACUGAGGAUGUGCUGGCUGCGAAGAACAUCAAGGAUACCACGCAGUUGGACUUCCCCCUCAUUGCGGAUGAGACGAGGGAGAUUGCGAACCUGCUGGGCAUGAUGGACCCCUUGGAGAUCGACGACUUCAGCAAGCUUUCCAUGCCUGCCCGGGCCCUCUUUCUGAUAGGUCCCGACAAGCGCUGUCGGCUCACCAUCCUGUACCCGGCCACGACGGGCCGGAACUUUGCCGAGGUGCUUCGCGUCAUUGACUCCCUCCUACUCACGAGCCGCGUUCAGGUGGGCACGCCGGCGAACUGGCAUGUGGGCGAUGAUGUCCUCCUUGGCAUGAACGCUCCUGAGGCGCUCUUCAACAAAGCCACGGAGAAGCCGGUGCACUCGGGCAAACGCUAUAUGCGCCACCUUCAGCCUCCAAGUCUGAGACCGAAGCAGCCGAUCCCACCUUUGGGAGAGGUGCAGCAGAGUGACACCGAGUUCACGAUCAAGUUGGGCGCCACCUUCCCCAACUUCGACUGGCAUGCCACUGCAAAGGGCAUCAGCCGCUUCCACCAGCUCCUAGAUCGGCUGAAGGGUGUCAUGACGCUCUUUAUCUGCUGGCCGCGCAACUUCGACGCCGUGGCCACGACAGAGCUGAUGUGCUGCUUGCAGAUGGGUGCUGAUCUCAAGAAGCGUGGCAUCACUUUGAUCGGGAUGACCUGCGACUCGGUGGAGGACCAGAAGAGCUGGGUGGAGGACUGCCUGGCACUUGUGGGCCCUAGCGCUGCCACCGAGUACCCGACGAUGAUUCCCGACAAGUCGCAUCACAUCGCCCACGAGCUCGGCCUCCUCCCGCGUGGAACGAAGGACCAGGAUACAUCGAUGGCGCGAGUUCUCUUUGUCCUUGACCAGCAAAAGAAAGUGCGGCUGAGUAUGCAGUACCCUCAGACCACUGGCUUCAGCUUCUUCGAGGUGUUGCGAGCGCUGGACUCCUUGAUGCUGACAAAGGAGUUCGCGCUGUCGACCCCGGCGAAUUGGCAAAUGGGAGAUCGCGCCAUCGUGGACACGAAGAUGAGCACGAAGCAAGCCAACGCUCGCUUCCGGAAUCUGGAGAGCGUAGCGCUGCCCAGCGCAAGGGGGAGCCUACCCAAGGAAGAGUACCUCCGGUAUGUGGAUUGCCCAGACCGCACAGCAGCGUCCUGGGGGGCAGAGGCUUCGCUACCUCCAGGGGCAACGUUUGGUGGCCAGGUAUGGGAGCCAGUGCCGCAAAGAAACAGGGACACAACAGAGGGCAAGCAGAAUGAUGACGACGAGCUCGGAGUUCUUUGCAGCACCGGAGACUGGUGUACCUGCUACGUCCAGGACAUGUCGACGAACGGCACCCGCCUGAACGGCAAGCGCCUGCCCAGACCACCGUAUAAGCAUCCCAUGGAUGCCCGAGUGCGAAUCUUCCACGGCGACGAGCUGGUCCUAGCCCUCACGCCGGAAGGAGAAGAGCUUGGAUAUGUCAUCAACCUCCAUGAGCUCAGCGGGUGA